UCCCCCCCUCCUUAGUAGAGGCAGAUUUGCUGUGGGAGGUUUCUGUCACAGACCCUGGGACUUUAGCACUGAGCUGCCGCCAUGAGGCAUGUAUUGGUGACUGCUGGAAAGUCCUGAGUGGGCACUAUGGAAGAGAAUGCCAAUGUUCCACAGACGGUUGCCCAGUGCCCCACUCUGCAGGUCCAGCCCAUCAAGUUGGAGAUUAAACGCCAUGCCAUAACCGAUGACUACAAAGUGUCUAAGCAUGUCCUGGGCCUGGGCAUUAAUGGCAAAGUGUUGGAGUGUUACCGGAGGGAUAGCGGGCAGAAGUGUGCACUCAAGAUCCUGCUUGAUAGCCCUAAGUCUCGUCGAGAGGUGGAGUAUCAUACCAGAGCAUCAGGAGGACCACAUAUUGUAGGAGUUUUGGAUGUGUAUGAGAAUAUACACCGGGGGAAACGAUGUCUACUAAUUGUCAUGGAGUGUAUGCAGGGUGGGGAACUCUUCACUCGUAUCCAGCAGAGAGGAGACCAAGCCUUCACAGAAAGAGAGGCCUCUGAGAUCAUGCGGGACAUAGGAAUGGCCAUACAGCAUCUACAUGAACUGAAUAUAGCCCACAGAGACGUCAAGCCUGAGAACCUCCUUUACACUACCAAGGACAGUAACGCUGAACUUAAGAUUACAGAUUUUGGAUUCUCCAAGGAGACAACUAUUCAAAAUGCUCUUCAGACUCCUUGCUAUACUCCAUAUUAUGUGGCUCCAGAGGUACUUGGACCAGAAAAGUAUGACAAAUCAUGUGACAUGUGGUCUCUUGGAGUCAUUAUGUACAUACUCCUUUGUGGGUAUCCCCCAUUCUAUUCUAACACAGGCCAGGCUAUCUCACCGGGGAUGAAAAAGAGGAUACGAAUGGGCCAGUAUGAGUUUCCUCCACCAGAAUGGAAUGAAGUUUCCGAUGAAGCUAAGCAGAUGAUUCAAUUUCUCCUGAGAACUGACCCGACAGAAAGAAUGACAAUUAUCCAGUUCAUGAAUCACCCUUGGAUAAAUCAGUCAAUGGUAGUACCUCCUACCCCCCUUCACACAGCUCGGGUGCUUCAGGAAGACAAAGAACAUUGGGAUGAAGUAAAGGAGGAGAUGACUAGUGCUUUGGCCACAAUGAGAGUUGACUAUGACCAAGUGAAGAUCAAAGAUCUCAACUCUUCAACAAACCGACUGCUCAAUAAGAGGCGCAAGAAACAGACUGAGGGCGUUGGUGCUGCAGGGGGCUGCAAUAACCAAUAGGAUUGUGUCGGCACAGGCUAUCUAAUGGAUUGGGGUCACUGAAUGGUUGUCCCUUGGACAUGUCUGCGUGUUUUAAUGUCCUCUGUGUAACUGUAGUAUAAUUUAUGCCACCUGCAAUUAAAGUUCUAGGCCACAAGACAUUACAUGUAUAUACAUAUAAAUAUUUAUGAAACAGAA